GUCGUGACGUCACAUUCUUGCGAUAAGUUAGACGAGACUUGUGACGUCGGCUUAGCUUUGAGGCAGGAGUCAAGGAGCUGGCUUCUAAAGGGUUUGCGGGACGUUUAAGCAGAGAUCCGGGACUGUGGCAUUUGAAGCAGCACUAUCGGAAUCAUUUGACUUGUUAUUGCCUGAAAAUAUUGCCAAGAUAACAGCGAUCGUAAAAACAUCACUGCUAUAGGCAGGACUAUUCAACUAUUUAAAGAUCCACAAGUCAGAAUAAGACCUGACGGCUUGGGUUAAAAAUGUCAAAAAACAAGUCAAAGUCCAGGUCAAUAUCUUCCCGCUCCAUGUCCAGAUCACGCUCCCGAUCCUUCUCAAAGUCUCGUUCCCGUUCAAGGUCUCUGUCACACUCGAGAAAACGCAGACACAGUUCUAGGUCUCGCUCAAGAUCUUACUCUCCUAGUUAUAACAGAGAGCGGAAUCACCCUAGAGUUUACCAAAACCGGGAUUUCCGUGGCCACAACAGAGGAUACCGGAGGCCAUACUAUUUUAGAGGCCGAGGAAGAGGGUUUUACCCGAGAGGCCAGCAUAACCGUGGGGGGUAUGGAAACUAUCGCCCUAACUGGCAGAAUUACAACCGUCAACCCUACAGCCCACGCAGAGGUCGAUCUCGAUCCCGCUCACCAAAGCGGAGAUCUGGAUCUCCAAGGUCACGGAGUCGUUCCAGGAAUUCAGACAAAUCCUCCUCAGAUCGAUCAAGGUCUUCUUCAUCAAGAUCUUCUUCCAACCAUAGCAGGGUGGAAGUUUCUAAGCGCAAGUCUAAGAAGGAGAAAAAAAGUCAUUCCAAGGACCAGAGAGGGUCUGCACAGGCUGUAGAUGAUGACUCAAAAGAACAGUCUGGAUCUGGAGGACCAGACACAAGCAGCAAAACAGAGGGGUCCAAGGCAUGGCAAGAUAUGGAAGCUUAUGAUACAAGCCCAGUUCCACAAGAUAGCCCUGCAGAGCGUGCCCCAACAGUCAAAAGCUCUGUCCAGUCUGUGGUGGUUAGGCGUUGCUCACCAAGACCUAGCCCUGUACAGAAGCCCAGUCCACCCUCCCCUUCUGUCCUGCAGGGCAGUGGAGCAUAUAGGGCUUCUUCUCGCCAGAGUCCUUUUGAUCAUAGUUUGAGCCCCCCACGAAAGAGUCCUCUUACUAAGAGCCCACCAUUGGGUGCUUUAUAUGGUAAUCAAAAGGAAGAGGGCAGGUCUGGAGAGAUGUCAGCACCAAUAGGAACAGGUUAUAAAAGGUUUAUGGAAGAACAGAAAAAUAAGGCUGCUGAACUAGAGAAAGAAAAUAAAGAAAAGGAAAAGCUGUCUAGUUUGGAGAGAAUGAAGGAUCGUAACAGUCCUACAGAUUUUGCAAUGAACGAGCUAGAGAAGGCUUAUCGGAAAAGCCAGUCCCCAAAACGUUUCAAAAUGCGAGAGGGAUUGGAGAAGUUGAAACUGGCAGAGCUGCGUUUCGCCAAAGAGGAAGUGGAACAGGAGAAGAAAGGUCGCUCCAGAAAGGAUUCAGACAGUGACUCCAAAAACCAAGACCCAUAUGACCCUGCCAAAUGGGAAGAGUUGUCCUUCAUACCAUCUGCUAAAGAAAAACGCAGGAAAUCGGAAGAUAUGGAUGAUGAUCCUUAUAUGGAAAGACCCAAAAAGGAAGAUAAGGCAUCAAAGAAAGGGGAAUCUGCUCAUAAAGGCUUUCUCCCAGAAAAGAAUUUCAAGGUGACCGGUUUUAAGUCUGUAAAGGAGAGGAGUGAGUCACCUCCAGUCAUAAAGCCUGCUGAAGUUAGGGACAAGGAGAAAAUGUCUGCUAAGGAAGAACUGGCAUUCACAAAAUCAACUUUCUGUAUAAGUCGGGAAGCUGGUCCUAGUGUCCGACUUGAUUCCUUUGAUGAAGAUCUUGCACGCCCAAGUGGAGUACUGGCCCAAGAGCGAAAGCUGUCCCGUGAUCUAGUUCACAGCAACAAAAAGGAUCAGGAGUUCAAGUCUAUUUUUCAGCAUAUUCAGUCUGCACAGCCUCAGCGCAGCCCUUCUGAACUGUUUGCUCAGCAUAUUGUUACCAUCGUGCAUCAUGUAAAAGAGCACCAUUUUGGUCCAUCUACCAUGACACUGAGUGAACGUUUCACUAAAUACCUUAAAAGAGCAAAAGAUCAGGAAUCUUCGAAGAGCAAAAAGAGUCCUGAAAUUCACAGGAGAAUCGAUAUUUCUCCCAGUGCUUUUAGAAAACAUGGAUUUUUGCAUGAAGAAGCUAAGCACUCUAAGGAAUCAGGACACAAGGGAGACAGCAAAUAUAGAGAUGAGCCCUCAGAUCUACGGCAAGAUAUCGAACGACGUAAAAAACACAAGGACAAAGACUCCAAGCGUGAUCACUCCAGAGACUCAGGAGAUUCUAGGGAUUCAAGUCGCUCCAGGGAGAGGUCACCCGAAAAAACAGAAAAGUCCAGGAAAUCAUCUAAAAAGCAUAAGAAGCACAGGAAAGUGCGUGAGCGUUCUCGCUCUUCUUCUUCCUCCUCUCAUUCCUCUCAUUCUUUGCGAGCACCUGGAAAUGAGGAGUACCCUGCAGAGAGUGAGGAAAAAGAGGAGGGUUCUGGAAGCUUUGACAAGUCACGCUUGGCUAACAAAGACUUUCAAGGAACCAGUGAGAGAGGACGAGCCCGGGGAAACUUACAAUACCGAGCACGGGGAACAAGGCCAUGGGGCAGAGGUGCUUUUCCCGGGAACAACAAUAACAACAAUAAUGACUUCCAGAAACGCAACAGAGAUGAGGAAUGGGAUCCAGAGUACACACCUAAAAGCAAGAAAUAUUACCUGGUUCGGUGGUAAACAAAGAGGAAUGCAAAAUGUGGAGGUUGAGUUCUUCUACCAGGCGACCAUGCAUUUCAGUGACUGUCAGUAUCUACUCCCUCCCCGACCUGAUCCAUUCUCAUCUCUCUGCAGCACGACGACCGGGAAGGUGAGAACGAGGAGAAAUGGGUGAACCGUGGGAGAGGCCGUGCCAACUUCGCCCGUGGAAGGGGCAGAUUCUUGUUUCGUAAGCCAGGCACCAGCCCAAAAUGGGCCCAUGACAAGUUCAGUGGGGAGGAGGGAGAGAUAGAAGAAGAUGAGAGUGGAGCCGAAAACAAGGAUGAAAAGGGCAAUAUCAUGUCUACUGCAGAGUAGCCAGAUUUGCACUUCUAAGUUUUCAGAAAGAUAUCAGGACAUCAAUUUUUCCUCAAAGUACCGUGAUCUUGAUAGUUAAUGUCCUGUGCAGCAGCCAUUUUGUUUCAAUUAGGCAGAAGCUGCAUUUCAAAAAUCUGUUUUAUAUUUCCAUCCUGCCUUCCCUCUGAAUUUGUUGUCUCCUUUCCCUGUAUAGUAAGUCUCUAAUCUAAUGAUACCACCUUUCAUAUUAAGAGUUCCAGUUUUGUGUGCAACUUGCCACUACACCUGCCUGCAAACCAUUUGAUUUAAUAUUUCUGUUGGACUGUUAGAGUUAAUGUGCAGAGUUCCCCCUCAUCUUAAUUUUUGGUGUAUUUUCUUUUUUUUUAUCUGUACUUGUUUUAAGCUUAUGUAGUAAUGCUGGUUACUAUAUGUAAGGUAUGAUUUUAGAAAAACAAUUCCUGAAGCCUUAUAUCUUUCAUUGGGGAAGAAACGCUUUGAAAUAAAACGUUAUAUGGGCCUAUA